AUGAUCCACUACAUCGUGGGGCCUCAGAGGCUGCAGGAGGUGAGCACUGCCAACCUGGAGCGGGUGCUGCGGCGCUUCAACGAGCUGCAGUUCUGGGUGGCCACCGAGCUCCUCCUGUGCCCGGACGUGGCGCGGCGGGCGCAGCUCCUGCGCAAGUUCAUCAAGGUGGCAGCUCAACCCCCCGCUGUGUUUCUGUUCCCCCCCCCCAAAGACCUGUACACGGCCCCCGAGUCGUGCGUGGGCCGCUGCGGGGAGCCCCUGAGCGAGGAGGACGCGUGUCAUUGUCACCCGCGCUGCGAGGGGCUCGGCAGCUGCUGCGGGGACUACGACAGGCACUGCCGGCCCGGUGGGGAAGGGGAUGAGGAGGCAGAAGGAGCCCCAGGGGGGUUCUCCCGGAGCGGCGAUUCCAUCACGGAGCGGGAGCUGCUGGAGCUGUCGGAGCAGCUCUGGGGGUUGGAUCACAACCGGGCCCUGCCCGGCGACAUCACCAUCAACCCCCAGCACCGCGCGGGCCCCGGCGAGGAGCGACAGCGCCAGGACCUGUCCCCGCAGCCGCUCUACAAACACGUCAACGAGGAGCUGUUCUCCAAGCCCACCUACUCCAGCUUCAUCAAGCUGCUGGAUAAUUACCAGCGGGCCACGGGCAGGGGGGAGGAGGUGACGGCCGAGGAGCUGCGCGAGCAGGACAACUUCCUGGGGGAGGUGAUGAAAACGGAGCUCGUGAGGGAACUCUUCGCCUUCCUCCGCCACAAAAACCGGUACAGCUCCGAGCAGGAGUUCCUGGAGGAUCUGAAGGGGAUGUGGUUCGGCCUCUACUCCAGAGGGGACGGAGAGCAGGAUUCCAGCGGCUUCGAGCACGUCUUCUCAGGGGAGGUGAAGAAAGGGAAAGUGUCUGGAUUCCACAACUGGAUUCGCUUCUACCUCCUGGAGAAACAGGGAGUGGUCAACUACUUCAGCCACAACUUCGACGGCCCGUGGGACUCGUUCCCCACCGUGCUGGGGCUGCAGUUCAGCUGGGAUGGUUUCCACAAGGAGGUGGGAUCGGCCUUCAUCGGCUCCAGCCCCGAGUUCGAGCUGGGCCUCUACACCCUCUGCUUCCUGGCACGGCCUGGCCGGGCGUGUCACCUGAGCCUGGGGGGUCACAGGCUGAGCAUCCAGACCUUCCCCUGGACCAAAUCCACCUACGGCAGCGGCAGGAGCUUCAUCGCCACCGCCUACGUGAUGUCACCCUGA